CGACAUCGCGGAGCAGGCCGCAUGCUGAUCCGCUGGGGAACGGCCAAAGCCGAUGAACUCGGUAUCGAGACGGUGAUCAGCUCUUUGCCGUCUGCGAGAGGGGCGUAUGAAAAAUGUGGUUUUGGUCCUAUUGAAUUGAUCCCACCAGAUGUGGAGGUUGAGGAUCCUAGUCCGAGGUGGAAGGAGUUGCAGAAUGAUGAUUUAACUGGUUGGUUGAUGUGGAGGCCCAUCGGGAGGGACUUUAUUGUGGGUGAGGAUAAGGCACCUUGGAUAAAGUAA